GAUUUAGUGCUGUUAAAUUAUUGUCUACAUUUGAAAAUGUAAGAGCCUGGCCUGGUGGAACUGGUGAUGCUAAAAUUGGUGGAAACUAUUCACCAUGUGUUAAACCGCAAAUUGAAGCUGCCGAAAAAGGAUAUCAACAAAAUUUGUGGUUAUUUGGUCCUGAUGAUGAGAUUACAGAAGUGGGCACGAUGAAUUGCUUUGUUCUUUUAGAUAAUGAGAAUGGUGAAACCGAACUUGUGACGCCGUCCCUAGAUGGAACCAUUCUUGCUGGAGUGACUCGUGAUUCUAUAUUACAGCUUGCUCGGACAUGGAAAGAGUUCAAAGUCUCAGAACGUAAGAUUACCAUGCACGAGGUAGUAAAUGCAUUGAAAGAGGGUCGUUUGAGAGAGAUGUUUGGUUCUGGUACUGCAUGUAUUGUCACCCCCAUUAAGGAAAUUAAUUAUCGUGGACAAGACUUAAAAGUGCCUUUAGAUCCAAAUGAUGCUUCAAAUAAUGCAGGGCCUGUGACUCGGCGAAUUUCUGACACAUUGAUGGGGAUACAAUAUG